GGGGCCCGGGGGCCUGUGCCUCUGACGGCUCCCAGCUACUUCCCCAUUGGCUCCGAGCAGACUGUGCUCAGCGAGGGCUGAGCGACAGGGGGAGGCUCUCGUCCAUAAAAGGGGGGAAGAGGCACUGAUCUGUGUUCUCAGGGGCUGGGGUAGCGGUUGCUCUCUCGGGCACUCCCUCCUAGCUGGAGUCCAGGCCGCCUCUUGAGUCUUGACCCGCGCGGCCUGCCUGCCUACCACCCUCCUGUGACCUGCCUGGGGACAAAGAAGAGCACAGGUUCCUUCUCCAAGGCUCUGAGAUUUGUGUGCCGGAGCUGUUGCUGUAGCCCAAAGCGCAGCAGGAGCGGAGACAGAAUGGCGUGGCGUGGGCUGGUGCUGGCUGCUUGCCUCCUGCUUCUGCCCUGUGCCACCGCGGACUGCCUGUCCCAGUGCUCCUCGUGUGCUGUGAAGACCCAGAGUGGCCCCAAACCCGUCAACUUCCUGGUUUGCUGCCUGGAAUGCCAGGCUGCCCUGCUGCCAGCCAAGGAGUGGGAAAGAUGCCAGAACCUCCAGCCUUUGCUCACCCCCUUCCCCCUUUAUCCGAACGGCAAGGAGGACUCGGAGACCCGCGCAGAGCCCUAUGGUGAGCUGGCCACACGCCCCGGACCCUCCCUGGAGGACGUGGAGAAGAUCCGAAUCUUCCUGGGACCCCCGAAGGAGGAGAGUGCUCUGGGCAGGCCGAGGGCGGGGGGAGCCAAGUCUGGGCUGAUAGGGUACAUGCAGCCGGAGGAUGAAUUCCUGGAGGCGGCGGCGGCGGUGGCCUCGGAGGAGAACCCCAAGGAGCAGAUCAAACGCUAUGGGGGCUUCUUACGCAAAUACCCCAAGAGGAGCUCAGAGGUGGCGGGGGAGGAGGACGGAGAGAAGGAGGGCCACGAGGACCUGUACAAACGCUACGGGGGCUUCCUACGGCGCAUCCGUCCCAAGCUCAAGUGGGACAACCAGAAGCGCUACGGCGGCUUUCUCCGGCGCCAGUUCAAGGUGGUAACUCGGUCGCAGGAAGACCCCAAUGCCUACUCUGGAGAGCUCUUGGAUGCCUAAGCACCUCCCCCACCGGAGGUGGAGUCAGGAGAUCCCGGGUUUGCCCUCCCCUUGUGCUCUGUCCCCAUGCUCAGAUGUGCUCGCACGGUCUGCAAACUUCUAAACCUAACCUGCCUAUCUUCUGCUUGUGGGGCGGCGAUUGGCUGGGAUCCGCGAGGGGCGGGACGGAGGUUCCUCCUCCAAUAGGCGUAGCUCUUGCUUCCCUAGAUCUCUCCAAGUCCCUCCCCCUGUUCGCCUGACUCUCCAGUUCUAAGGCUCCAGACAGGCUGAUCCUUCUGCUAGGUCUUUGCCCUUCUCAUGCCUUUCUCACAGGAAAAAUGAGCAACCCUUCGCCCAUACACACAUGUUCUUUCAGAUAGUAUAUACGUGUGUCAUGAGAUAACUCCAAAGGUAGGAAUUUAAGUCACAGUAGAUAAGUAGAAGUUCUAACAGUUUGUUCCCAAGCUUCAAAGGGUCUCAUUCUGCAUAACCACUGGGAGACCACACUUUAGUUAAGAUCGAAAAUGCUGCCCUUUGUUGGAGCAGAAGUUCCUGCCUUAGAGAGUUUAGUUGGGUCUGUGGCCAGUCUGUAUGCUCUGAGGGCUCAUUGUUUAAAAGUGCACUUUGCUGAAGGACCCAGUUCCUGAACGCUAGUCGUCUGAGAACCCCAGCACCUCGUGGAGAGGGGGUGAAAAUCCUUCUCCCGGGGGAUUAGGAAGCAUUCUCCUGGAUGCCGUUCUCCUUCUGCUCCUUCUGCUCCUUCUGCGAGCAGUUCUCCUCUUGAAUGCUGAAAUGAUCAAGGAGGGAGCUAGGCAGAGCAAUUUGUACUGCGCAACGAACUCAAAAUGUGGAUCAGUUCCCUGAGCUCUCAUUAAACUAAUUAAACUGAUCGGUAUCACACUCCUACCCCAGGAUGAACUGAAGCUGAGUCAAGUUGAUGAGAUUAAGCCCAACCAAGUUCUUGAGCAGCUGAAUCGGCCGCCAAGAGUCCAAACCAUCUGCUCCAACAUAUGUGUCGGGCAUUGGGCAAGGGAAUUUAGAAGCAACAGCGAGAAAGAGAAGGAGGCCCACUUCAAGCCCCAUGAUGAUUCUUUCCUCUUAAUGUCUCAAAACAAGAGAGAGGAAUGAAAUGAUUAAGUGCUAGAGGCCAAAUGAGCGCUUCACCCCCUCCUCCCCCCAACACACACACUCAUACACACCUCAGCAUUGUGGUUUAGUUGGUGGGUCCAGAAAGCAGGGCUGAAAAACAAAAUGAACUUGAGUUUGGUUCCUUUUCUAAGAUGCAGCUGAGCAUACCUCCUCUUUACACCCAACACCAGAUCUCAUGAUGUUCUGAAAUGUAUAGAUGGCUUUAGAGUUAAUUUGUGUGCUUAAAAAAAACCAUUUAUGCAAUUUACUUGUAAUUUGCUUAGUCCUUAAUAGGCCUGUGUCAUUUCCUACUUCUCCAGUAUAAUAAAUUUAAAACAAGACACUAA